CAACCAAAUCUCGUGGAGACGAACGCAAAAAUGAACUUCCUAGUGAGCUGUGCAUUGUUGCUUCUUGGCGUGAGCCUUACCCAUGCCAGUGUCCUUGGACGGGUUGCCGAAGGAAGCGAUGCCAAGCGUGGACAAUUCCCGUACCAGGUGGCACUGACGCUGAAACGUCAAACCGUGUGUGGUGGAGUCAUGGUACACGAACGAUUCUUCGUCACAGCUGCCCAUUGCUUCUUCAAAGAUGGAGCUCCGCUUCCGGUACAAGAUCUUAACGUGUUCUAUGGAUCGGAGAAGUUGUUCUCGAAUGGAAAGUACAACCGCGUCAAGGAAGUUCAUCUUCACGAACAGUACGAUCAUGGCACUCAGUACGAUCUGGCAGUCGUCGAAGUGAGGCGUAAGUUCGAGAUGUCCUCUGCCUCGAAACCUGUCGCUUUCGGACGGGAACCCUUCGGGGAGUCCUUGACAGCCACCGUGUCUGGGUAUGGACGUAGCACAUCCGAAGGUAACAUGGCAUUCCGGUUGAAGUACGCCCAACUGACGUCGCUCCCAGUGGAUCAGUGCCGAGAAGCAGUAGGCGAGGACUACUACGAAGGCGUCUUCUGUCUCGACACUAGCGCUGGUUCCGGACUUUGCAUGGGUGAUUAUGGUGGUCCGGCGGUGUUCGAAGAGCAUCUUGUCGGUGUCGGUAGCUACACCGUCGGUGGAACCUGUGCCACUGGCCAACCGGACGUCUUCGUCGACGUCGGCUUCUUCGCGGACUGGGUACAGUCGAAACUCGAGGCAGAGCCGGAAGAACACUAAACCAUCAUCGUUUACUGUGAUAACCUUUUAUUUCGCGUUUACCGUUGUCAUGGUUGCAAUCGAACAACAUCAUCCCCCAAGGGAUCACUACUCGACGUUCGAUCGCGUUAAAUAAUAUGUACAAUCUGCUGAUCGCAAUACAGAACGACGACCCCGCUCCAGGU